AUGGCCGGAUUCCUUGAAUCUUUGUGCGCAUCCCUUCCUCCCUCGGUGGUCUCAGCUCAUACAAUUGGCGAGACGCGUUUUAUAUAUAUGGUCAACGAAUACCAGUUACAGAGGGUCAAUUGCUGGUUCAUGCCCCCUCCACCUCAGGUCCGGGGAGUCAUGAUUGAUCAGCUGAGAAGUUCGAAGAUGAUGAUAUGGACAGUCUUUCUAGGGUUAAAGCUAUUUAAAUCCCUCGAUCAAGAUUCCUGCGAUUUGAGAUCGAGUGGAAGUAUCGGUUGGAUCGACAAACUCGAACAACGGAUCACCGUCACCUGCAAGAAAUUAUCCCUUAAGGAGAUGGCAGAUCGUCUUAUGGCUCAACUCGAAUUAACGUUCAUUAGUUUUGUGACGGUCGGGGUUCCUUUGGGAUAUAGUCUGCUUCGGAAAGCGCUACCGGGGUUUCUUCGUCUUGUAGCAGUCGAUCCAAAUCUCAUCUCAGAACACCCCAACGGGAGUUUGUUUAUCUCUUUCCCGCAAACUUUGGGGAUACCCCGGCAAGAACUCAACACAUUUAUUCUAUACGAUGCUGCCACAGCGUUUGCACUAGGAGUUCCGUCUCUAGCGGAGUAUGGUUAUGAUGGGAAAUGCGAUCCUACAUCUCACGGGUAUCAAUGCGUGCAUGGAGUCCCUGUCCCACUUGUCGAAAUCAUAUCGCAAGUCAACUCAUGGAGAGACGGAUCAAGAAUAGGUCUGGACGACUGGCAAACUCUGGAGAGUCGCGCGAUGGCUUGGCAGGGACAACCUUUGCCCAUAGAGGACGAAGAUCCAAAGGUGAAUGUUGCAAGGUUGGCAGUCCAAGAAAGUUGGAGAUAUGUAACUUUGGUUUAUCUUUAUAUGGGCAUGUGUGGUCUUUCCUCCAACGAUUCGCGUGUGCGAGCUUCAAUUGCGCAAAUAGUCAACCUCGAGCGACGUGUAACCGAUAUAUCAAUCAGCAUGCAUAUGCUGAUGCAUUAUGUAGUACUCGGUUUGGGAGCACAACAUGAAGAACAGCGAGCUAUUAUCCGUGAGAGGUUGCUUUCUUUCCAGGGUAGGCGAGUGUGGCUAUUCCGUGGACCAGAAUUCAGUCGGGUCCUUGACCACCUGUGGAACGGUGUGGGUGCAGGAGGUGCACCGUUACUUGGGAUGACUAUGUCCGGUCGAGGAAGAACAAUACCUGACGGCGUCCAAAAUGCACUUACUGGGGAACCACUCGCCAUCCUCCCCAAAAAUCAGGCCGUGGUACUUCGGUACCGUCCAGCCCCUGAAAGCGCUUCUCGACUUCGGCCAAUCGCCGGUCUAGUCGCCGUCUUGACCACGCUACUCUGCGGGCUGGCCCAAGCACCCAUACGACUCCCGAUCGGACGACUAGAGUAA